CCAUGCUCUUCAUGUUCUUGGUUUUGUUGGGUUACAGUUGAAGUGUGAUGCAGCCAAACAUGACAAGAAAAGCAGCAUAAAUCUGCGAUCAUCAAUUUUUCUUUCUUGGAUAGAGACUAAAAGAAAAAAAAAGAAUUUAUUCUUCUUUUAUGGCCUUGUGCAGCAAGUACAAGUCAAGCAUUUUCUUUUACACUGUUAUCUUUGCCUGCAACUUUCUGUCUACAUCUAUGUGUUCACACCACCAAAGAAAAAGGAAAUAAGAAGGAAAUCUAUGCAUUUUGAUGCUAUUGUGAUAUGCUGUUUCUUUGAUUUAAAGGGUGAAGCUUCCCAUUGUAUGUUCAAGUUGUCUUUUCAGAGACAGUAGGAGCCGCGGAUCACAAAUCAUGAGCCUUCCACCUCUUCCACUAGCCCUUGACCUGUUCUUCCUUCGUAUAUCUUCUCUUGAUUUAUCAUUUGUUAUCUAUCUUGGUACAUUUCUUCGUCUCAAAGCCUAAAGCCACUCCUCAGAGUGGAGGCUAACAUGCAGCUGCUUGUUUCCUUCAUUUUCUUCUCAUGUGUUGACUGACGUACACUCUGUGAAGAGUAAGCAACACCCAUGGAGGGCAUGGAAUGGAAGGGAUGCGUGUAUAGGAUUAGGAAGUGCGUCUUUGAUCUCCUGUCAAUGGAAGAAGAUCUGAUCGAUGACGACGAAGACACAUGGGAGCUCAUGGGAAGCAGUCUUCGCCUCAAGUCCACCUUCUUGUACUGUGACCUCAACCAGGUAAUCUCAAGAGCAAAAGACGAGCGCAAGAAGUUCCUCACUGACCUCGCCAAUAAACUCUUCUGCUACAUGGAGCAACUGGAUCAUGCUGUUAAGAGCCGAAGCAUCUCCCUGACACAGAUUCGCUACAACGACACAGCUCAUGUGUUACAGGAAGUCAUGGCUGCUCUCGUGCCUUCUCUCUGAAAACUAAAGUUGACUUUUUGAGCAUGCUAGCAUCUUGCAGGGAAGUAGGAAGCAAGAGGAGCAGCUUUAUGUUCAAAACAAAUAUCCUCUCUCUUUUUGUUUUGAUUUUGGAGCUCUUUUCCCUGUUUACAUCUGCAUUGACAGCAUGUUGGUACUGUAAAUAUCCUGUAUGGAUCCAAAAUGAAAGAAGAGAAGAAAUAGAUGCCUGUUUUGGUUCUUCA